AGCAAGCAUACGAUACUGGAGACUGAGGGCAUUCCAGCCUACACACAGACUACUAUCAGAGCCGCCGGCACAUCACAGCAUCCCCCACCGCCAUAAAUUGAACGACUGGGAUCAUCGGAUUGAGCGAGAGGGAAAACACUCUUUUUUUAAAAAUCCUUUGGGUGUGUGAUUUGGUUUCUCGCCGGCUUCAGGACAGUGGAUACGCUGUCAUGUCCAAGUACACUAAAUUAUCUAUUGGCGUGCGUGUCUUGUUGUGUGACAGCUCUGCCUUAAAUGCAUUUUGUUAGACGCCUCUUCCAGCACUGAGUGGCACACGACGCUCCCACAACCGAUGCGUUACUUCCUAGAGCGCCGGGGCAACCACACUGGCUCCGGUCUUCUCGCCUAACCCAACUACCGCUGCCUGUGUUAAAAUCUACUUUGUGGUUAAUUUUUUUUUAAAACCCGGAUCCAGUACAGGACUGCUUCCCCCCAGCCCUUUUUUUUCUUUUCACCUGGGAGAAAGGACGUGUGUUCGUUUGUACGCUGAGCUUUUUUACGAAUGCAGGGAAAAACUCUGUGGUGACACCUGAUCGACAGGCUUCUCGGCGGACAGUGACCCGGGAGCUUCAGGCAAUUCAAGAAGGGAAACAGCGGAUGUUCGGUCAAUGCUUGGCCCGUGCUAUUGAUUUUUUUUUGUGUGUGCGCGCUUUAUUUGUGGGGUUGUAGCCCAACCGAACCAUGGUCCACUGCGCCGGCUGCGAGAGGCCUAUACUGGACCGCUUUCUGCUCAAUGUGCUGGAUAGAGCCUGGCACGUCAAGUGCGUGCAGUGCUGCGAGUGCAAAUGUAAUUUGACGGAGAAAUGUUUUUCUCGAGAGGGGAGACUGUACUGCAAAAAUGAUUUCUUUAGGCGGUUCGGCACGAAGUGUGGCGGCUGUUCACAGGGCAUCUCUCCAAACGACCUAGUCCGCAGGGCGCGCAGCAAAGUGUUUCACCUCAACUGCUUCACCUGCAUGAUGUGCAAUAAGCAGCUCUCCACCGGCGAGGAGCUCUACGUUAUAGACGAGAACAAAUUUGUCUGCAAAGACGAUUACCAAAACAAUGCCAGUGUAAAAGACACCAACCUCCUCUCAGUAACAGCGUGCAGCGACCCCAGUUUAUCACCGGACUCUCAAGACCAACUACAGGACGAUGUGGUCCUGAAGGACACGGAGAUAGCCGCCCUGUCCGACAAAGAAACGGUUAAUAACGAGAACGACGACCAGAACCUCGGAGGGAAGCGGCGUGGCCCUCGGACCACCAUCAAGGCCAAACAGCUGGAGACGCUGAAGGCAGCGUUUGCUGCUACCCCCAAACCCACCAGACACAUCAGGGAGCAGCUGGCCCAGGAGACAGGCCUUAACAUGAGGGUCAUUCAGGUCUGGUUCCAGAACCGACGUUCCAAAGAGAGGCGCAUGAAGCAGCUCAGCGCGCUUGGUGCUCGAAGGCACGCGUUUUUCCGGAGCCCACGGCGGAUGAGGACGCUGGUGGACCGGCUGGAGCCCGGAGAGCUGAUACCCAACGGGCCCUUCUCCUACUAUGGGGAUUAUCAAAGCGAGUACUACGGUCCAGGAGGGAACUAUGACUUCUUCCCUCAGGGGCCUCCGUCGUCACAGGCCCAGACCCCAGUCGAUCUCCCAUUUGUGCCCUCCUCGGGCCCCACAGGCACCCCCCUCGGAGGUAUGGACCACCCACUGCCGGGCCACCACCCCUCCAGUGAGGUGCAGCGCUUCUCUGAUAUAAUGUCCCACCAUCCGGGGGACUCCCCCAGCCCAGAACCCGGAAUCCCAGGACCCAUGCACAGCAUCUCUUCCGAGGUGUUUGGCCCUAGUCCGCCCUUUACCUCACUGUCACUGAAUGGCAGCGGAUACAACAACCAUCUGUCCCAUCCGCCCUCGGAAAUGAACGAGGGGACAGUUUGGUAGCUUUUAGAGAGAGAGGACUCUACCGAUAUGAGAUUCUUUAAUGGUGGGAUGUGUUGGGGGGAUUGGUCGAGAAGGGAAAUGGAUAUUGACAGGGUUAGGGAGAUGCCAUUGAAUCUUUUUUUUGUGUGUUUUCAUAUUUAUUUAUUUGGUUCUGAGUUGAUUUCUUGAUCUCAUUUGUGGGGAAAAACAUUUCCGGCACAAUGCUAAACAGCAUUGUCUUCAGUAUUAUGUUUGGGUGUUCAAUUGCCUCCUUCGAACCCCCCCCCCCCUGAAAGUGACAUAAAUAAUUGGCGAGACUGCCUCCCAUUUCUCCCCUCUUCAUUUUGGUCCCUGGGGGACUCUGUCACCCCUCUUGACUCAGUCAGUAGCCCGGCAUAGCGACCAAACCCCCUAAAACUUACCGGUGGGGUAAAAAACCCUUUGGAAAUCUCCGAUAAUGUGUCCUGAACAUGAAAAUAUCAUUAGCUACUGUCAAAGACUUCAAUAGCUUUACAGAGAGAAUAAAGGGACAGAGGGUUGAUCAUGUGCUGACCUGGGACUGUAGGAAGGCUGAGUGGUGUUCAGACUGUGUUCGAGGCAUUAGCCUUGUCCUUUGUAUUUAUUCAGAAUCUCCUCAGACCUCUUUGCCUCUCAAGGCUCUGCCAUAUUGACACUUAACCUUUUUGACACCAUCUGUCUGAAGGCCGAAGAAAAUGACAAUUUUCCCUUCGUCUGGACUACUUGUUUUCUCCUUUUUUUUGUGGUUUCGGAAUUCCCACAAAAUCUUAAGAAGGCCGCCUUGAAAAGGCAAACAGUAAAUACCCUCUACGGAUUGAAACCCUUUAUUUAAAAUCAAAGUGAACUUCAAAUGAUGAAAUGAAGUCUACCUUCUAAAAUGAUUUUUACCGGGGUUCUAAAUCGGACAUAGAGCAGUCAACUGUUUACGCAAUCUAUUUAAUUCAGGAGUCAAGAAGUCUCGAAAACCAUGUUUUAGAACCUCUCGAUGCAUAUAAAAAUGUUCUAAGCAACCAACCAAACUUUUGUAUUGAUUUCAUUUAUAUUGUAUGGAGAUAAAAACACACAUGGCUUGGGUUGUGGUUCACUGUGCUAGUUUGUACAAGAUGUUGUUUACAAAAAAGGUUUUAAAAACCCCCAAUAAAAAACAUAAGUAAAGUAGACAUUUGCCAAAUAAAAAAAUAGCACAAAUACUGUUAGUGCUUUGCACUAUCAUCUGCAGAUUGUUUUGAGACAAAAUGUCUUAGAAGUGUUAAAGGAGUAUUUGACUUAAUUAGUCAGCUGAAGAAACAUUCAUAAAAUUGUUAAUAUAACAUACUUAGGCAGGUUUUAUUUUUCUGUCCUCAAAGGAUAAAAAUCCAAACUAUAAAAAAUUGAUGGUCAAAAAUGCAGCUAGUAGCUGCCACAUCUCUUUGAAUAUCAAGCCCCCAUGGAUGUCUUAUAUUGUUCCAAUAAACCUAAGCUUAUGUGACCUCCAGUGCAUAUUAGACCAUUCACUGUGUAAAUACAACAAAAAAUGUGUUUUAAAUAAAACUAGUGAAAUAUA